AACUUUGUCCAUGUUUAGCAUGGGAAUCCAACUCUUUAACAGUGUAAAAAACUCAGUAUGCAUGAAAUAGCAUUUCACCCCCCCUUUAAUGAAAAUAAACUAUUAUUUAAAAAGGUUUAUAACACUUAAGUUUCAACACUGAGCACAUAGCACAUAUGCAUAAUUCAUUAUGGAAACCUUUGAAAUUAGUAUGAAACAUAGUCAUCCAUUUAUUCUUCUAACUAUUUCUGUUGUAGAAUGCAAUAGCCUAUGUAUUUGAUAUAUUUAGUCAGAAUGACUGUUUUAAAUGUUAAAAAAUGUUAAAAUUACAGUAUUGCCUUGUGAUGUAUGACUGUUUAUUGUUGGACAUUGUUAGUAGACAAAUAAAUAAAACCGUGAGAUGGUGAAACUAGUAUUCCCCCCUAACUUACUAAAAGUGGUCACACAAAUACAAAACACUAUCAUGGUUACACACAACAUAAAAAUAAUGCAGUUAACAUUAAUUUAACAUAAGAUGUAACGUACAACUCUAUAAUGUGCUUAACUGGUGAGAAAUAACUAUGAAGCAGAUAUUUCAGUUUAAAAAAUCAAAUGUUGGCUGACAAACAGAAUUUUUCAAUUUCAAUAUAUUAAAGGAUGACCUCAAGAACACUCCACAAAAUUGUACAUUUAGCAGUACUUUACUGUAAAAUUACAAAAUGAAAUACCAUUAAACAGUUAACAGGGUUUUGUAGUAUCAUUUACAGUUUUUGCUGCUGACAUUUUUUAUAAUUUUAUACAGUGUAUAAACGAGGUUUACAAUGAGCUGAUCCUUUUUCUGUUUCAUUUUAGUUUUCCGAAGAAUGCAUGUCUGCAAGAAGCUUGUGGAAGCAUGACCUGUAGAAGAAAUGAGUCUUGAAGAGUCUUGAACUACUGUCACCUUGACUUUCAGUUUUCUACGAAAUCACUCCACAAUGUUCACAGUUAAGGCACACAUCAACCAUCAUCGCAGGAAUCAAAGCUUCUGAAGACAGCACAGUACUAAUGACAUCCAAGACUGACUGAAUAAAUCUAGACUGUGACUAUGUUCACUUUAAGGAUCAUUAUUUUUAUUACACUAAUUGUUCCUCUUAACUAUAAACUUUGUUCCUGUCAGUGUUCUCAUGCUGAAUAUGAGAUACACAAGCAAUGUUGCCCAAUGUGUGCCCCUGGAUUCCGUGUUCAUUGGCACUGCACAGAUGACACCAGCACAACUUGUGUUCCAUGCCCUUCAUCAACUUUCACUGAUGAACCAAAUGGCCUCACUGGAUGCUUUCCUUGUACUGUAUGUGAUGCAAGCCGUGGUUUAAGAGUGAAUAAAAAAUGCACUCAGUCAUCAGACACUGUUUGUGGGCCUCUAGAGAGAUUCUACUGCAUUGCAAAAAAGAAAGGCUACUGUUCUUUAGCUGUGCAACAUUCAGAAUGUAUCCCUGGCCAAUAUAUCAAACAAGCAGGUACUAGCUCUACAGAUACUGUAUGUGCUUACUGUACAGGUGACACAUAUUCAAAUGGAUCUUUCUCAUCCUGUUUAGCACACACAAAAUGUGAGGCCCUGGGACUUACUGAAACAAAUCCAGGAACACAUUCAUCUGACACCAAAUGUGGAAAUCCCUCUACAGCUGUAGCAAUAACUGCCCCAAGUGUUAUAGUUACUUUAAUAUUAAUUUUAGUCAUAUUUUUUUCCAUAUAUAUUUGGAAGAAGAAGCAAUCAAAAAGUACAGGGAUACAGGAAACAGGUUUACCGUUUACUGUUGAAAAUGACAGUUCUAAAGUUGAUGGCGACAGGAAAAUUGUUGAACCAUUUGAAACAGAAGUCCUGACAACCUGUGAAUGACUACAGUUUCUACACUACUCAGAUCUUUCACUACAUUUAUCAAAGGAGUUAUCAUACCUGAAAUUUUGCAGUUUGAGCCACUGUCAUUGAAACAAAAGUCAAACAGCGUCAAAUUAUUUUGUCAUCAUUUAUUAAUCAACUACUAAUGAACUACUGUGUGUGUCAAGCCUAAAAAUAAUAAUAAUAGAAAUAUUUAAUGUAGCAACAAGUACAUGAGCCAGCAUAAAACUGCAUUAGCAGUUUCUAUAAGAUGGCAUCUGACAGUAUUUACAUUUUCUAAGGAUUACUCAAAUGUAUUUUUUUUAAACAAAGUAUGCAAUUACUUAAAAUUUGAGCCUAGCUUAGAGUUCUUCUAGCUGCUGAGACAAACUUUUACUAAGAGAUAGCAGAAGUCUUAAAGCUAAGAGUAAGGGCAGGGUUGACCUUGAUCCUAUGGAUGAUGUCAGCAAACUUACCAACGAUGCACAUAGUCAUUGGCUGAUUAAGAGAAAUAUUGUCGGCUGCAAUAUUAUGUUGCCAUAUUCAAAUAAAGGUUUUAUAAUAAAAAUGCUAAUUUGAACAUUCAAAUAAACAUUUUUAAAAGUGUUACUAAUGAAACAAGUAGGCUAUAUAUUCAGCUAAUUGUCACCCUCUUAUAUUUAUGCUUCUUGUAAACAAUUAGUCAAUAUGUAUUUAGGGUUGCCCUCGAAUAAAGAUUUUUUUGGUCAAUUAGAAGUCAUUAAUUUUAAGCAUUAUUCGACUAUUAGUCGCACUUUUAUUAAUAAUCCAUAUAAAUCAUAAUAAUGAGCCUUUAAUUAUCUAAAGGCUAUUAAGCGAUCAAGUGCAUGCAAAAAAAACCUUGCCAGAUUGCACUGGCAAAUAUAAUAAUCUGUAUGACAAAAAAUUACGAAGUAUUUUAAGAGCAAAUGAUCGCAAAAUAAAAUUUUGGUAAUAUUCAUAUAAACAGCCUUUAAAUUAGCAGCAUAAUCAUGGGUUAUCGUAAGAGAUGCAAAAACAUAAAAGAAAAGCAAACUGGACAUGAGAACAGCUAGGCUAUAAGACUGUAACGUGGGAGCCGAUGAGAUGUGAGACGUGCAGAUCCAUGUGCAAGCUUUUAUUACACUAAGACAUGUUCAUAACAGGCAUGGGUCAAACACUGGCAAACAGGUAUAUAUAGGGGAAGACAAAGAAUGUUCCUAGAGCAAGCGUGGGUCUACGAUCAAGAGGGCUAAGCAAGAGGGUUAAUCCAGAAUCCAGAGCAAAGGGUCAAAUCACGAGUAACAGGGCAAAGCAAGAAAAAGACUAAACUAUAAACUUAAACAAGACUAUGAAAACUAUGAACCAAAACAAGUGGAACUGUGAAAACAAACACGGAAAGGCUUGGUAUCGCUAGGGGAGGGAUAUUCGCAGAACAAUACUCGGCAGUAUGUGAGGGGAAGUCCAAUGCUUAUUAAGCGUGUCUGAUGAUUGUGCCGUGUGUGUGAUUGGUCUCAGGCGCAUUGUGUGAUUGUUAUCAGGUGAAUGUGAUUGGUGCAAUGGAGCAUUGGGAAUGUAGUCCGGGGUGUACCAUGUAGUGUGAGUCUGUGUUGUGGAUAAUGACCUCUGAUGGUGAAUAAAUGGAAGUUCAAUCACUGGAUCAUGACAAGGACAUUAUCAAACAUUUGAAACUGGGAUAACCUCCAAACUAAACCAAUUAGAUUUUUUUUUUUUCUAAAAUGUUUAAAUUCCGAGGCAGAUUGCUAGCAACAGCCAUUUUAGGAUAUUUCAUAUUUGGUCUUAGUGACUUAGGAGUCCUCUUCACUACUCCUAACCUUUCACAGAUUUAGGAGCUAAUUUUAGCAUUAAAAUGCUUUGUGAAAUACUCUUAGAGCAAGAAUGUGAGGUCCUAAAUUUAGGACUGACACGCCCACAAUUUUUAAGAUUUGUUCCUAAAUUGACAAGUUAGGAGAUAAGUUUUGAAUGCAGGCCCAGUAAAAGUUCUUAGGUAAGUUUCCUCUUAAAACCUAUUCACAAAGCUGCUGAAGAAAUGAAAAAAAUCUUAAAUUAAGAGAAAAGGCUAUGGAAGAUGUCAUCAAUCUUACUAACUAUGUGAGUGAUUUAAUCAUAGAAAUAUUGUACAAAGAAUCACAUUGCCAAUAUUCAAAUAAAGUUUUUUUUUUUUUUUUUAAGUGUUUCCAUAUUCAAAUAAAUUAAACAAGUUCAGCUAAUUAUCAGACACUUACAUUAAAAAUCAUGAACAAUUAGCAGAUAUGUAAAUAAGCAGAAUUGUAAUUAAAAGACUAGAAUUGUCAUGGCUGAUAGUAAGAUAUUGUGAAAACUUAAAAGAAAACCAAACUGGACUCAAGAAGGGGUCGUUUUUCCAAGUAAGACAUGUUCCUGGAUCAACAUCUUUUGAUAAUCCUGGGUCAACAUUAUUGUCCAAAAUAUAGACUUAGACUUAGACCUGGAUGUUGAUCCAGGCCGAUGUUGUACAUGGUGAAAUCACGCUCACCCUCAAGAAGGACAUAAUAAAGGGAAAUAAUCAUUAAAUAUUUCUGAAUUGUUUGUUAUGAUUUUAGGAUUGUUUGUGAUUUGAUCAUAAUCAAGUCCUGUUGUUUUAGCACCCCUUAUUUUUAAGCUAUAAAAAAUAUAUAUAAAGAACUCCCAUUUCCCAUAAUCCUUUGCCAGGACUCAUCAAUUGCAAUCACCUGUCUCUCAUCACCUCAUCAGUCUCACACUAUAAAGGUUGCACACAUCCACACACAGUUUGCUGAUUAUUGUUUAUAGCCUAUACCCUGUGUAUAUCUGUGUUGCCUUGCCUUGCCUCUUUGUUUUUGACCUUGGAUGCAAUGUUUAUCUGGUUUAUUGAUUGUUUUGCUGCCUGCCCUGACCUCUGACUUGGACUGUUUCUGAUUUUGGAUAUCCUUUGACAUACUUGAUGCUGUUCUUUGAUUACUGCCUGUUUCACCUUUCUCUACAAUAAAGCCUGCAUUUGGAUCCGACCUUGCCUACACAACCCUGAGUGUAACAGAAAAAUCAGCCAUCCCACUUCCACAUGGACCUGGCCCUCCAUCCCUCCCCCUUUUCCGCCUCCACUCCACCACCCUCCAAGAUCGUAGAGAGCAUCUAGAAGCUGCUUUUUUUGGGUGGGGGGACUAUGUCACGAUCUCUAGCUGGAGUGCCCGUGAGCUUCAUUAGAUGACACUCCAUUCCAGACUCUUGCCACUUUUCCCUGGACUCCAUUUGCCAUAAUCCUUUGCCAGGACUCAUCAAUUGCAAUCACCUGUCUCUCAUCACCUCAUCAGUCUCACACUAUAAAGAUUGCACACAUCCACACACAGUUUGCUGAUUAUUGUUUAGCCUGUACCCUGUUUCCCUGUAUCUGUUUCAUUGCUUUGCCUUGCCUACCUGUUUUUGACCUUGGACUGUUUACCUGGUUUAUUGAUUGUUUUGCUGCCUGCCCUGACCUCUGCCUUGGACCGUUUCUGAUUUUGGAUAUCCUUCGACAUACUUGACGCUCAUUGAUUACUGCCUGUUUCACCAUUCUCUACAAUAAAGCCUGCAUUUGGAUCCGA